AUGUUCGAAGCGCCACAGCCACAAGAUUUGUUCAGCUUACCGUACGAGCUACUCGAAAUGUUUAGGACAAUCAAGGUCGAUUACACUAAUAUUCCUCAAGAGAAACUAAACAACAGAUACCGGACAAUGUGCUCACAUCUGAUAGUUGUGAAUUAUGUCAAUAUACCAGAACGAGGUGUAUACUGUGAACAAUGUAUACAAUUUAAAAUGGAACAAGACGACCAGGUGUGGAAAUACGUCAACACUUCUUUUGUAAUUAAGAACCGAAUAUACACUAGUGAAGAUUCUCGAAUUCUUAUCAAUCUAUACUAUUUGAAAUGUGACGAGUGUAAUCAAUUAUUGGCAAAAUUUGUCGAAAGACCAGUACCGUGGAUACAGUAA